AGGGAGUAAACAUAACUUUGACAUGGAUGGACGACUGGCAACGAAUCUAACAAACAUCCCAGAGGCAGCCCUUGAAGUGGAAGUUUGAGCGAAGAUGGAGUUCUGGUGUUGGACUACUACAAAGAGACAUGCCCUUCAGCAGAGGGCAUUGUGAGGCGUGGCGUCAGGGUAGCAGUUAUCAAAGAUCCUCGCAUGGCUGCCUCCCUCCUCCGUCUACAUUUUCAUGAUUGCUUUGUCAUGGGGUGCGACGCAUCGAUUCUUUUGGACAGCUAUGGGGAGAUGGUGAGCGAGAAAGAAGCAGAGCAAAACAAGGAUUCGCUGCGAGGAUUCGAGCUUAUUGACAGCAUAAAGUACAGGCUGGAAGAGGCUUGUCCAUGUACUGUCUCAUGUGCUGACAUUUUAGCCAUUGCUGCUCGUGAUGCUGUUUCAUUGAGAGGUGGACCAAGAUGGCAAGUUUGGCUAGGCAGGAGAGACUCACUUGAAGCAAGCUUCACUGGAGCCAACCUCUUCAUUCCUUCACCCAAUUCCUCAUUAGAAAUGCUCAUUGCCAACUUUAAAGAUCAAGGCCUUGACAUUUCAGACCUGGCUGCUUUAUCAGGCAGCCACACCAUGGGAAGAGCAAGAUGUUUAAGUUUCAGGGAAAGGAUUUAUCAUGACAGCGACAAUGACCAAGAACACAAUCAAGAUACUCACAAGCUCCACACAACUUUCAGAAAAAUUCUGCGGUCGAUGUGCCCGGAAUCCGGCAGAGACUAUAAGCUGGCACCUCUGGAUUUCAACACUCCAGCCAAGUUUGACAACAACUACUUCCAUAACAUCCUUCAAGGCAGAGGCCUGCUGCAUUCUGAUAACGUGCUGAUCACAGAAGACAUUGAAGGAGAGAUGAGAAGGAUGGUGUGGGACUUUGCGUCUCACCAACACCAUUUCUUUUCGUCCUUUGUUAAUUCAAUGGUGAAGAUGGGUAACAUCAAUGUGCUCACUGGAGACCAAGGGGAAGUUAGGAAGAAUUGUAGGUAUGUGAAUAUCUAGGUUAACAUCAAUUUGACGAGUUUAUCUUUCUUAACAUACAAAAAAUAAAAUAAAAUAAAAUAAAUAGCCUGCGUAUUGUAAAGAAAAAAGCACUUAAAUUUCUAAAUAAAAACCUCAAUCAAGGUUUCAAAC